CAAGACCAUGUUACUGGCUGUUUGGAUCAAGUAUAAACACUCUGGCAAUGUCACAGAAAUCAAGCUGUCUUCAAAUGACUAAAGAUAGGAGCAUGUGAAUAACAUCAUCAGUAUCACUAUCAUGGAUUUGGAAAGCUGAGCAUGGGCAACGAAAUGGGUAAUAACAAUACAUCAGCUAUCAAAGAGGAAGAUAACAUAAGUGAAGCCGAGAGAAAGACUUUCCAAGAGGAUACCAGUGAACUUGCAAAUGGGGUGUCACAAGAUAUUCAUGCAGGCAAUGACAAGGAAGAAAAUCAGAAUAUACCAACAUCUAUAGCCAAAGAUGUUAUGGAAAAAGCUUCCAGUGGUAUAACAAAUGAACUUGGCCCAGAUACAUGGCAAGAAGAUGGUCAUUCAGAAGAUGUAAAAGGGAAAACUCAAACAAUUGCAACUGAUGAAGCCAAAGAUGAUGACACACAUGAGAAAGCUAUAUGGUUUGCUUCUAACCAUACAACAAGCAUGCUUGAAAAUGAUUCAAUGGAAGGAGAUACUCAUGCAGUUGAUGUAAAUAUGGAAAAUCAAAUGCUUCCAACAGCUGAAGCUGAAGAUAUUCAGGAGAAAGCUGAAGGGGUGGUUUCUGAGGAUGCAGCAACUGAACUUGGAAAAUUUGGACUUCAAGAAGAUAGUCAUGCAUGUGAUAAAAAUAUGGAAAAUCAAAUGCUUCCAACAGCUGAAGCUGAAGGUGUUCAGGCGAAAGCUUCAGGAGUGGUUUCUGAAGAUGCAACAACUGAACUUGGAAAAGUUACACUGCAAGAAGAUAGUCAUGCAGAUGAUGUGAAAGACAAAAUGGACAUGAUUCCAACAGAUGAAGCCAGAGAUGUUCAGGAGAAAGCUGCAGGAGUGAUUUCUGAGGAUGCAACAGCUGAGAUUGAAAGAGUUACACUGCAAGAAGAUAGUCAAGUAGAUGGUGUGAAAGAAAAAAUGGAAAUGGUUCCAACAGAUGAAGCCAAAGAUGUUCAGGAGGAAGCUUCAGUGCUCAAUCCUAACAAUACAGCAAGCAUAUUUGAAAAUGAUUUGUUGGGAGAAGAUACUAGCAAAAGCGACAUGAAUGUGGAAAAUAAAAUGCAUCCAGCUUCUGAAUUUGAAGAUGUUCAGGAGAAAGCUACAGGGAUGGCUUCUGACUGCACAAGAAUUUCAUUUGAAAAUGAUUUAUUGAAACGAGAUAAUCACGAGAAUGAUGGUAUUGUAGACCAUCAAAAGCAUCAAACAGUUGAAGGCAAAGAUGAUCACGUAGCAGCAAGGUUGGAUUUCGAUGAUAAAACAAGUGAAUUUGAAGAUAAACUGCAGGAAGAUAAACAAGAUGGAAAUGUAGUAAUUCCUGUCGACAUUGGUAUAGAUGAUGAAGGAACAACUACCAUCUCCGUAUCCGAUGAUCCAUUGAAUUUGACAAGUUCUUUUGAAGGUGCAGGGGAUGAAAUAACUGAAGUCAGACAAUCUGAGAAGUCUCCAAAUGCUGGAUUAGUUGAAGCUGAAGAUGAAAAUUCUGAAAGCUUGUCAAAAUCUUCAUUGGAAGGCACUGAAGAACAUGAGAAGCAAGAAGAGUCAUGCUUGAUAGAACAUCUAGUAGUAACUUAUAAUCAUCACCUUGAUAACGAGCCUUCAAUCCAACAAGGGGAUGAAAUAACUGAAGUCAGUCAACCUGAAAAGUCUCCAAAUGCUGGACCAGUUGAAGCUGAAGAUGGAAACUCCGAGAAUUUGUCAAGUUCCUCAUUAGAAGGCACUGAAGAAUAUGAGAAGCAAGAAGAGUCAUGCUUGAGAGAACAUCAAUUAGUAGCAUAUAAUCAUCACCUUAAUAACGAGCCUUCAAUUCAACAUGCAGAUGAAGAGGAAACAACGGUGUUAAUGAUGAAUGAUGUGAACAUGUCAAAUAAUAUACAUAUUCAAGAGUCAUCAAGUGUACAUUCUGAUCAUGAUGAGGCAGUCAAUUUUCUCUCUGAACAAUCGUUCCUUGGCACAGAAUCAGUCCUAGAAGAAAAUUUGCUAGAUACUAAUUCUCAUUGUCAGCAGAUUAAGGAUGAUGGUCUAGAAAAAGAAAUGGAAUCCCAUGACAAGUUAGAUGGAAAAGAUGGAAAUGAGUUUGGGAGCUGUUUGAUAGAUUCUUCUGGAGCAACACCUGAUUCCUCAAGUAUUGACAACAACACUAAUGGUAUUUCAUUGAGCAAGGUAAAUUAUGCUACUGAGGAUUCCCUAAACUCAUUCAUUGAAUCUUUCCUUGAGGAUAAUCCACUUAACUUAGAUCAUGAGGAAAAUUGCAAGGUACUUUAUGAAGAAAGUAUAUUGAGAAGACGUGGAUCAACAAAGGAGAAUUCACAUGAUUACAAGCCGGGUCAAUGCAUGAAAGACUCAUUGGAAGAAUAUAAGUCUGGCAUGGUGUAUACAUGUGAUAUGGCAAGAGGGUCUAAUGGAGACUGCAAUGGAGGAAGAAAUAUAUUACAUGAUUCUGAUGUCUCCAGGCUUGUCACCAAUGAUCAAAGUGAAGAACCUAAAGUCACUGAGAAUGGAGUCCCAUACGAGGCUUAUGUAAACAACUCCAGCAAGGCUUCAGAGGAAAGUGGUGGUGCUUCAGGAGAAAAACAUUCUGUGGUUUCAGAAGCCAAAAGGAUUUCUCUUGUUCCAGGGUUAACUGUUGCUGAUUGCAGACAUGAGGAGGGAGAGAAUUAUAAGAAUAAAAUUGAAGAAACAAAUGAAAAGCCAGAAGCUUCACAUGUCAUGGUGAAUACUUAUGAGGAGACAGAAAUGUCAGACCAAUGCAAUUCUGAUCUGGUAGCUAUAAAUAAGGAAGAAUCUUUUCCCUUGCAAAAUAAUUCCUCUUUGUUGCAUAUCUGUGAUUGCCAUCAGGACAAUGUAAAGCAGACCAAAAGUUUUACUGCUACCAGCAUGCCUAAGUCAGAUUGGAAGCAAACAAAUGAGAGCAACACAUUUGAUUCUUCUAAGUUAACAGUUCCAUCUGUGGACUUGGUUGGCAAUAAAUCACUUGAGGAAGAAGGAGAAGAAUGUCCGCAACACACAGAAGAAGCUUCAUCUGAAGCGACAGAACUAACAAUUUCAACAGCUACCAAGUCCAUUGGACCAUGUUCAAACAAUUAUAUAUUUGCAAAUGGUGGUUAUGAAACAAGGGACAGUGUAUCAAGGCUCAGUACUGAAUCAAACCCUGAUCAUCCUAACAUCUCUUGUCAGAUACAAAAGUCACCAAGCUUCAAUCUCAACCUCAGAAAGGAAGCAAGGCCACAAGAAUCAGAUCAAACUCCAUUGCUUCAACAUGAUAAGUCAGAAAACGAAAGCUUGUCAAAACAGACUGGUCUAAAUCUCAUGAAGUCAAUGCCUCAUGAUGAAUAUGAGCAGUGCAUGUUACAUAGUGAAGAAAUGCCAGUGGAAGAGAAAAUAGUUACCAUGGAGAGAAGUUACUCUAAGAAAUCUAAAGCUCCAUUCAUAGCUCUCUUAAAAGAAGAAGAAGAGACUCAUCUUCUAGACACGCCACAGAUACAAGAUAACCAUGUUGGCACAAAGAAUGCAGUGUCAUCUACUUCACCUAAAAGAAAAGAGAAGCGAAAGCCUCGGUCUUCCUUCUUCAGCAGCUGCAUGUGUUGUGCAACUGUACCUUGAGAAUUACACCUACCAUUCUAUUUUACUUUUCUCCUUUGUGUUGUGAGUUCCUUCCUAAUUUAUCAAGGUUUUAAUCUGAAAGUGAAGUUUUGAUCUGGAGAAUAUUGAUCGUCAAUUUGGCAUCAUGGUUAGUUCAACCAACAGUGAGUGCACUGCAUCAGCUAUGAUCAUUCGUUUCUGUGAUUAUUUUCUGAUGCAAGUUCAAGAUGAAGUGAUUCCUUGUUUGAGAGAUUUCACAAAUGUAGAGAGAGCAACUUUUCUGUCUUUUAUUGUAUGUUGCAACAUUUGUUUAUUUUGUUUUUUCACAGUGAACUUGGAGAUUUAUACUGAUAAAAACUCAUUAUGGUGUUUGAUUUUCGUCCCUGUGCCAACAAAAAAUAG